CGCUGUCCACAUGAUAGCUGGUCCUGAAACUGCGUUUGUGCACUCUAUGGAUGUGGUAGAGCCCGAAGCCACAAGCCAGACACCAACUCCAUGCACUUGUUUUUCUCUGUGGGAAUCACAGAAAUAUUCAUACGAAGAACAAUAAAUGUAGCGCGCUUCUGAUUACCCGAAGGCGACAGAGAAACAUUCUGGAAGAAUAGGAAACGCACACGUUGGAUUGCUUUCAUUCUAGGAAACCGCAAAAGAGAAGAAACUCUUCCUAUGAUUUUUAUGUAUUAUAGUAAACGCAACUCUUAAAUAUUUACAUUAUACGGAUUCUCUGACUGCUGUGGUUUCCAUUUAUUUAAUCCAGACUGACCCUUCAAAUGCUGUAAAAGAUAUGUGUCUAGGAGACAUUCAAUGGGAGUUCUAAUACAUAUAGGGGACUUUAUUAUCAAGUGUUUUACAUACCAUAAGGGGAUCAAUUUGUCAUGUUUUCACACUUAUUUGGAUUAUUGCAUAAAUGUCACCGAGUUGUUUCUUGUCAUUCUGUUUCUGAGGAAGUGUGUUAAGGGACUUACUAGGUUGCCAGACAGCAGCGAAAGAAGCGUCGACAGUUCUAAGAAGUGCUUCAAGGUCCACUACCCCGAAUCAGCUCUGAUAAACUGCAGAUUUUCGAAACUUCAGCACUCUGAAAUAUAAAAAGGCUUAUUAACAGGUCAUUGAAAAUAAUCCCUUCUUAUAAAUCAACUGGGAAUAUAAUUGGGGAUUGUUUAGAAUUAACACCGAAAUACCGCAAGAGCACUUUUUUCUUCAUAUUUUCUUCCUGCGAUCAAACCGAUCCAUACAAGAAAGAGAACUCUGGAUUUCAGCUUUUCCUAUGGGUCACUUUAAGCACCCAAUAGCAUCGAUACACCGAUGCCCGGACCAUACAGUUUUUAAUUCAUGAAAAAAAUCAACCGAUACAUUUGAAUCUAUUAUCUAUUUUAUUUUUUAAUUUAUUUCAGUCAUUUGUUACUUACUAAACUCAGUUCAGUGGCGCUUCUUGGAUAUUUGCGACAAACGCAGAAAGAAGACUUACUUGUGAUAAAAUAUUCGCCUCAUUGUCUGACUUUAAACGAAGGAAGGAGUUAACCCCCCUCCCCCAACCCCACUGUGUGAAGCUUCUCAAUCCGAAAAGCAAAAGAUUCCUCCGAUGGAAAUACACUGUAAGCACGAUCCGUUUGCAGCAAUGCAUAGACAUGGUGGCGUAAAUCAGCUUGGAGGUGUCUUUGUAAAUGGCCGUCCACUUCCAGAUGUGGUGCGCCAAAGGAUUGUGGAGUUGGCCCAUCAGGGAGUACGUCCAUGUGACAUUUCCCGGCAGCUACGGGUUAGUCAUGGCUGUGUCAGCAAGAUCCUUGGCAGGUACUACGAAACUGGCAGCAUAAAACCAGGAGUCAUUGGAGGAUCCAAACCAAAGGUUGCUACACCCAAAGUUGUUGAUAAAAUUGCAGAGUACAAACGCCAAAAUCCUACCAUGUUUGCCUGGGAGAUAAGAGACCGACUGCUGGCUGAGAGAGUCUGCGACAAUGACACUGUGCCUAGCGUCAGCUCUAUUAACAGGAUCAUAAGAACAAAGGUACAACAGCCCCCAAACCAGCAAGUCUCCGCCUCCACGCACAGUAUAGCAUCCACAGUUUCAGCGACUCAGGUGUCGUCUGUAACAAGUGACUCAGCAGGAUCUUCCUAUUCAAUCAGUGGAAUCCUAGGAAUCACCACCUCCAGCACUGAAGCCAACAAACGCAAAAGGGACGAAGGUCUGCAGGAGUCACCAAUUCCCAAUGGUCACUCGCAUCCAGGCAGGGAUUUUCUGCGGAAACAGAUGCGUGGAGAUCUCUUUACACAACAGCAGUUAGAGGUCCUGGACCGAGUGUUUGAAAGACAGCAGUAUACAGACAUCUUUACAACGACCGAGCCCAUCAAACCAGAGCAGAGCACCGACUAUUCAGCCAUGGCAUCUUUAGCUGGUGGUCUAGAUGAAAUGAAAAACAGCCUUGCAAAUUCAGCCCCAGCAGACCUUGGAGCCAGCGUUCCACAGUCAUACUCACUUGUAUCAGGUCGCGAUUUGGCAAACACAACCCUCCCAGGAUACCCUCCUCAUGUCCCUCCAGCCGGACAAGGAAGCUAUUCUGCUCCAGCGCUGACAGGCAUGGUGCCUGGGAGUGAGUUUUCAGGAAGUCCGUAUACACAUGCCCAGUAUUCAACAUACAAUGACUCGUGGAGAUUUCCAAAUCCGAGUUUAUUAGUGUUCCAGCAAGACUACGGUGCACGACUUGGUACAGAAAUUGGAUGCACAUCGCGAUUUUUUCCUGGCCAGUCAAGUCAGAUACAAGGAUCUCCCUAUUAUUAUAGUUCAGCAACACGAGGAGCUGGACCUGCAGCCACUGCCACGGCUUAUGACCGACACUGACUCGAAGUUCUGCUGGACACAUCUGUCAUGAUCAAUGCAUAUCUCUCUGCCAUCCUCAAGUGUUGGUUCAGUGCUGGGAGAGGGCUGGGGGAGCGGACUCUGUGGUGGGUAGAAGGUUCAGCUUAUGAGUAGUUCUUGGGUACAUCAAUAUUUCCAAUCAGCUGUGAAAAUGACAUGAGUUAUAUACACACUGAUACAUGCUACACUCCAUUACUAACAGAUUGCAGUUCCUAUUCAGAAAAAUAAAAACAAUCAUAAAAUGUCCAUUAUCUUAAAACAAGGCCUCACUUAAUCACUCACUACUGAAUAUUUCAUAAAUCAAAAAAGGUGUAUUUUAUAAAUGUAGCUGUGAGUAUAGGACAAUGGGAUUACAAAGUUCAUGUCAUUUGCGUUGCCCUUAUAAAUGAAAAAAAUUUGAUUUUGUCGAUAAACACCUACAGUCUACUGCCUUAACCAGACAAGUCUAAGUUGAAAUAAAGUCUUUUCACAUUGCUAUGUGGCUUUCAUCAUAUAGCAUAUUAAGCAUCCGUCUUCAGCUUUAGUUUCCCCAAACGGUGAUUACAGGAGGAAAUGAAAGCAGACACUUAUAAUAAACAAUGGCACAUUUAUUUGUGUCUUUUGGGUGACAAAUCAGUGUUAUACUGAGUUGUUCCAUUUUAAAAGCACACACAAUUCAACUAUGGUCAUUAGUUUUACUGUUAGUAUGCAACAAUUUAGCAGUGAAAUAUAAAGGUUUUGUUGAGAAUUAGCAUGGUUUAAAUUAAAAAGUAAAUAAACGUGAUAUUUUAAAGAAUUUGUAAAUUAUAUGAAUAUUACAGUACUGUGUAAACACAGUAACCACAGGGACCGGCCACUACAGAUAUAAAGUGCGGUCGAUAAAUCUGCUACUUUUGUCUUUCAGUGAGACUUUUAUGCCAUUUCUAGGGACAUUGCAUGCAAAACGCACACUAAUGCAGCUUAUAAUAGAUUUGCUAUCAACAAGAAAACAAAAUCUGUGCACAAAAUGCUUAUGUUUCAAUUCUGAUUACUUCUAAACAUAGUUUACUGAUUAUCAGAUCACAGAAACUAAUAAUAAACUAUACAUUUUGGGUUCAUAAAGUAUACAUUAAUGAGGGUUUAUCAACAAUGUGUACAAAUUCCUUUGGAAAAGUCCAUAAGCACAACUACACGUUUAGUAACAUAUCAAUAUAUUAUCUCUUAAUUAAAGGAAGAUUCUAUUACUUUAUACCAUUAUUCUUAGUUAUAGCGUAUACUAAUUAAGGCCUUGAAGUAUUUCUGAAAUUCCACCGAAUAUUUGAACAACAGGCUCUUCAUUUGUUUUAAAAUAAUGUGGAUUGUGGUAAAGAUGCAGCAAAGCAUAGCGGGAAAACUAUGUUUUUGGGGAAAAAGCUGUACAAUAAAAGAAUGGGCAGAUUAUAAUUCUGUUAAAAAUAUCAUAAUUCAUGGCUUACACUGCUACUGCUCAAUGGAAAUUUGAAAUCAUGGUAUCCAAACAAGUCAUAUUGUUCAUAAUUUUUUGACUGAAUAGCCCUACUUUAUAAUCCUUUAAACGGUCUUUCUCAUAAUCUGAAUUUGAAGUCCUAUAACAUCGUUUUUUUUUAACAAACAAACAAACAAACAUUUAUCUUAUAUAGUGUCAUUCUGUAUUGGAUUAUCCCAAGGCACUUUAUUUAAAACAGAAUUAUUUUCAACAGUUAUAGCACAGUAAAGUAAAGAAACUGACUCACCGUCAGUGGGCACUUAAUUGUCAACCUUGUAGUUUAAAGUGUAAUGCCAGCAAACCGCUGCAGAAAGUCCCUGCUAUGUUCAUUAAGAUUCCAUGUUGCAACACAAUGAAACAAGAAAAAUGGCAGACAGUCUUUCUUUUUAUAGUUCCUUUUCAUAGCAAGUAUCAUUUUAAGCCACUUUACAACACAAAGAUACAACAUAGUGGAAUUUAUAUAUAGUUAUUUAGAAUUACAGCAGAUUCAGGGCAAAGUGAGUGGUGGGGUUUGAACUAACAGCCUUGUAUUUACAGUGCACUUUAGCUGGAAGGCUAGAUUUAAUCUUUUGGCCUUAUUAUUAAAUAUUUAAAAUAUGUACAUUUUGUUUACUCUGUAAACUAAUGUUCAGUUUGCCAGUAGUUGGCAUCCUAAAUACACACAUACAUUUAUCCUCAUGCACCCACACUCAGCCUUGGCCGAUAUAGAACUUCAAGCAAACUAAACAUUACAUUUUAGGAGAUGAUGGAAGAAAAUUGGGCUCUUCAGCGGAAAAUUCAGUUAUGUUGAGUUUUGUAUAGCACACUUAACUGACUGCCGGCUCAGAGUGCUCAGAAUACAAUUACAAACUUUAUAAAUUAUUAAUUGCAUAAGAUAUACACAUAAACACAUGUACAUAUCUGUUUAACUGCAGUAAAACAAAGCAGAUCCAAUCUGUUUAACACAAUUGGAACCUAACAAUAUACAGUAUGUCUACUGACAUCAUCAUUUACAAUGGAGGAGAGAAGAACAAAAACUCCAGUCGGCAGCAUCCCUACAAAAAGCAGACCUCUGGGGGACCACAGUCAGUUAUAACAGAUAAAAUCAGACACUUGCAGAAUCCUAGAGACCCCAAGGAAAUGGAUGCCCACCCCUCCCGUGCUAUCCUCACAACUGCAGACAUGUAGAGAACAUGUAAACGCCACUCACACAGUAAAUAGGCACCACACAGAUAUUAAAUGGGCAAUGGGUUUUAAACUCAGGAAGGUGUAUUUGUGAAUCAGUAGUGCCACACUGUGAGUGUGGGACCUGCAAUGGACUGCCGUUCUGUCCACGACUGCCUCCUGGCUUGUGUCCAGUACUGUCAAAACAGGCUUCAUCCCCCUGCAAAUGUAAAUUGGAUUAAGUGGGUUUGAGAAUGCUAUGUUAAAUUAUGUCACACCCCACUGUCCCUACCUUGGGCUCUAGCAAGAACUCGGGGUCAUUUUCAUUGCAUUAUAAUGAGGGGGUCUGCAGAGAAUUAAAUGCAGACGGGGCAAAGUACUUUUAAAGUGUCACAUUUUGAGGUGUUUCCUCACAAAUCAUAUAUUCUUAAACACACAGGGCCAAAGCCUAUUGCUGCAGCACUGGCCUAAAACAAACAACAAAUCAACAACAAUUAAAACUGAUGCAGUAAAAUUAUACAGUAUUUAUCUGUAUACACAUAUUAUGCAUUAUAUAUUGUUCUGUAUGUUUAGGUGUGCAGAUAGAUAGAUAGAUAGAUAGAUAGAUAGAUAGAUAGAUAGAUAGAUAGAUAGUCAUGGCUGUUUGUCAAUCCGACGAUGAUGCUGUCCAUCCUAGAUAGAUAGAUAUGCACGCACAUAUAAAUAUAUACACAAUGUUAACCAUAUACACAUAAAUACAGAGAUAGAAAGAGAGAAGAUUAAUAUAAUCAAGCAGUGCAGCCACCAACGACUAACCUGCAUGAGGAAGAUAAUUCAUGGAAAGCAUCGGCAGAGGGAUACUGAUGUUUGAGAAGCAAUCAUCAUAAGAUGCAGAAGUGAAAUGCUUCCUUACUAAGGGAAAAUCUAUGUUACUUGUUACCAUAAUGUCAAAUCCAUUAACCAGUGCAGUGUGCCAUAUUAGAAAUGUAAUCUUUAAAGUUGUCAUCAGCAAACUUGUAAUGAGAGUUGAAUUCAUGUUGCAGUGAAGUACAGUAUACAUAUGUCAGUAUUUUUUGUUUUGCUCCCUGCAAGCUUGAUUUGGAAACUGGUCAUGCAUAACUUUUAAUAAUAUUAUUAAUAAUGAAGCAACUGACAGAUUUUAUAUAAUGGAAAUUCAUAAAAAUAAAUUAUUUUUUUAGGUUUUAAAGAAUGUAUCAAAAUAAUGAAAGAAUGGUUUUAAGUUUGAGAAGUCAAACCCUUCUUGAAAAUAAUAUUCCUGUCCUUUCCAGAAAUCCCAAACAUAAAAGCACAUAAAUAGUCUCUUUGCAUACGUGAGUGUUUUGAAUUAGCCGUGUUUUAAUUGUGAUUCAUUAUUCCAAGUCUGUAUAUGACUUCAAGUGCAUUGUUCAUGUGACGCUAAACUUUGUAACAUUGUAGAUAUUGACGAUAUUUGGCUUGGUUGCUUUAAUUAUGCAAAAACAGAAGAUCAUAUUCACGUUAUACAAAACACUUAUCGUCACAAUGACUUGAAAAGACGAUCAAGCAUCUAUCCUGUAUGUUGGUUGGUGUUAGUACUUACAAGUUCAUAAUCGAACAGAGUGAAAACCAUGGCAGACUUUUACAUCUUCACAGCGGUGAGUGCUGAGAGCUGAAACGAUGGCAGUACCGUACUGUUAUCAUUGUUCACUGCACAUAAUUUGUUGUUUGUUUCCUUUUUUGGGCUAAGGCUGUAAAGAUAAAUUUUAUCCUAUUGGGAAAUCAGUUUGUGUGGGGCUCAUUAUCCAGUGAAUUAGCCAACUAAAAUGACUUGUUACUGUACAUAGUUAUUUAUUCAUUUUAGUUUGCACAUGGUAAAAACUGGAUUUAAUGGCCUCACCCUUAAGUCAAAAGAAAGAGAAACAGAGUAUCAGUAAUGACCAAAAACAAAGUGAAAUAUCCCCAAUUCAAAGAGCAUGCACUUCAAUUGGCCUUAAGUAACCACCUCGUGGUGGGGGUUUGCCCUGUUGCUGCUGGGAUGUCCCAGCACCUCAAGUGUCUUGUAUCUGCUAAUCAGAGAUACAGUCUCAUCAGCAAUUGGCUCCUGCAAAAAAAAUAAAAAAAAAAGGAAAAAUGUGAACCAGCGGAAUUAAUACAGCACGCCCAAUGCACUACUGGAAUAUGUAUUUUAUUGUAAGUGCCAUUUAACUAGAAAAGAUGAAUUAAAUUAUUUAUAAAGGGUUCAGACAAAAAAAUUGCUUAGGCCCCUUUCUAUUGUAAUGGUGGUGUCUUUUAAAAUGUAGCUUGUUCUGAGGAUAGCCUUCAAACUAUGUCGUAGUUUUCACCUUCUAGUGGCCUUUGUACAUCCUGGGAUCACUAUUCCCAUGGCUUCUUAUUACAAGAGGUGUUAAAAAGUGUAUUUUUAUUCUACAAGGUUUUAGUAAAUAUGCUGUGAUGACGCAAGUCGAUUUGUACUAAUAAACUUGUUGACAUCAAAUAAAAAGAUAAACAAAAAAAAAACAUAUCUAUAGCAUCCACCAAAGUCAGUGAUGCCUGCAUAAAAGCCUAACUUGUAUAGAAAAAAAAAUUAUAAACAAAUAACCCAGAGAAAUGAAUUGCCUUUGAAGGAUGGAGACCCAUAAGGAUUAGUCUCCACGCAAGUAAUGCUUCUUUAAUGUGUAUGUUUUUUAUUCACUUUUCUAGUAGUAAAAAUGAUUCCGAACUCUUGGUGUUCUUUCUUGGUGCAGUGUGUUGCUUUUUUGUGUGUCAUACUAUUGAAUGUAAUUACAGCAGUGCCAAUUUGCCAAAGAUGUCAUACUAUUUUAAUUUUUCACAUUCUACAGUUUUCAGUUUUUCAACUCUGGAAUUCGUGAGAUUCUCAGUUAAAUGGUUGAUUGCAAACUCUUUAGGUUAGUUGGAGACACAUGCAAUAAGAUGGGACAUAGGUUUUCAGUAUAUGUGUGUCUGUUCAUCUGAGUGACUGUUGUUUGUGACCUAUCAAUUUAUGUACCUUUAAUGUGAAAAAAAUAAUUAUUUGUAAAUAUUUGCCAUAAUUUUAUUGGUUCCUAAAAUAAAAGUAA